UGUAAACCAGAGUGUGGACCACAAAUUUCACACUUUAUAAAGGCCAACUGGUCCUCAAAAACUCAAUUACUUCCUCUAAUCAGCUCAAUUUGCGCAGCAAAAUGGCUCAGAAGGUGGUAUUGAAAGUUCUAACCAUGACGGAUGAAAAAACCAAGAAAAAAUCCAUAGAAGCUGCUGCAGAUAUCUUUGGAGUUGACUCAAUAGCGGCGGAUCUGAAGGAUCAGAAGCUGACGGUGAUCGGAGAAAUGGAUGCGGUGGCGGUGGUGAAGAAACUGAAGAAAGUUGGCAAAGUGGAUAUCAUAUCGAUCGGACCUGCUAAGGAAGAGAAGAAGGAAGAGAAGAAGGAAAAGAAAGAGGAGAAGAAAGAAGAGAAGAAAGAGGAGAAGAAGGAAGAGAAGAAAGAGGAGAAGAAGGAAGAGAAGAAAUAGCUAAACGAUGGAAAAAAAUCUGUGGAUCGCAAGGUUGAAGACAAAGUUAAUUUUUAGUUAAAGAAGAAUAAAUGAGCUAAAUCCCAAUGAACCAUGUGAAAAGGGUUUUGGUUUCUUGUAUUAGCAUACUAAAAUUA